AUGGCAUCAGACGAAGACUUGAAGGACGAAUUUUCAAUUUUUGGCGUAGAUCUUGAAAAUCAAGAUGUGAUAGACAAAUUAAAAGAGUUGUGUGUCCUGUACCGACUAGAUGCAUCCCAAAUCAGCACAGAAUGGAUAGCUUUCUUUAAUACAAAGAAAUCCAAAGGAAACAUGACUCUUAGCUGUGAAGUGUUGGAUCAGUUUGACAGAGAGAGACUCAACAAGAAAACUCCUCGCACACCACAAGUUAAAAAGUCUGGCCCAACUGUGUAUGAUGUCAACACUGUUCAAAAUGGCAUUGAUGAGAAUGAGGCUGUUGAACUUUACAAUGCUUACUCAGGAGCUUCCACACCAUCAAAUUCCAAAAAAAUUGCAGCAUCACAGAAGCGCCAGCUGACUCCUGAUAAUCCACCAGUCAAACGAUUUACAAACAGUGUCCGCAGUCCAAUGGUUCCGUUCUCCCCUGCCAGCUUCUCACCAGGGAUAACUCCCUCAAAGAAGUUCAGCUCAAGGUCAAAUGCUGGAGAAAAUGUUGCUUCACUGGGGAUCAAUGACAACACUAACUGGAAGGGUCAAGGUCAUGAUGUACACAUAGCAUAUUAUGAUUCUAGAAAUGCAAUGGAACCACAUUUCAAGUACAUGUUUCAAAAGUUAACUGAAAAAGCUAAUGUUCUCAAUGAUAUGAUUGAAGACCUUGCGGAACAGCUCCAAGAGCAGCACAAGAUAGAGGACUUGUCCCAUGUAGCUUUACCUGUCCAGGAGCCUGUCACCGUUGUGGGACGGAUUGGCUGUGACAGUAUUGGCAAGCUGAACGCAAAGUCUGUGAUAUUGGAGGGCUCCCAGGAAACAUCUGCUGGCAGGUGUAUCCCUGUUGAUCUGACUGAGCUCCAAGAGUUUUCACUUUUCCCAGGACAGAUUGUUGCUUUGGAUGGAAUAAACAUUACUGGGCAAAAGUUUGUUGCAAAGAAGUUACAUCAGGGUGUCAGUCUUCCUCUACCAGAUGUAGCUGUGAAGUCAGAAGCAGGAAAACUAAGUGUAAUAGUUGCGACAGGACCAUUUACAACUUCGGAUAAUUUGGCUUACGAACCUCUGACAGACCUGUGUAAAUACAUCAACCGAGACUCCCCAGAUGUCUGUAUAUUGCUUGGUCCAUUCGUUGAUGUAAAAAACGAUCAGAUUGAGAAAGGAAAUUGCACAACCUCAUAUGAUGAACUUUUCUGGAUGCAAAUGAAAAGUCUCAGUGACAUUGCAGACAACUCGGGAUGCAAGUUCAUAGUGGUGCCUUCUUACAGAGAUAUCCACCAUGAUUAUGUAUAUCCUCAACCUCCAUUUGAUCCAAAGAACCUCAAGCCAAAUUUGUCCAAGAACCUGCACUUCAUGCCUGACCCGUGUACUGUGUGUGUUGACAAUGUAGUAUUUGGAAUCACUUCCACAGACAUCCUUAUGCAGCUAGGUGCAGAGGAAAUCUCUUGCAACAUCCCUGGAUCAACAGAUCGUCUAGGACGACUAACACAACAUCUUCUUACCCAGAGGAACUACUACCCACUCUGUCCUCCUGCUGAUGAAGUCAACAUUGACUACAAAUACUUUGAGGACAAAGGGAGGAUACCAGUUACUCCACAUGUGCUUAUUGUACCAUCUGAUCUGAAACAGUUUGUGAAGGACAUUCAAGGAUGUUGUUGUAUAAACCCAGGACGGCUCUCAAAAGGACAAAGUGGGGGCACAUACUGCCGACUUGUGAUACAAACAGACCAGCUGUCAAAGAAUACAAACUCGUCAUCAGUCUUACCACAUCUGUCAGCACAGGUCCUCCGAGUCUAAUACAUAUUUAUAAAGAUCAACUGUCAUAGAGUGUAAAUUCCUCAUCAUGACAGGUUUUCUAUGGGACCAAAUAUUUUGUUAGAACUAGUCCUCUGUCUGAUAUGUGACCAGCUGUUAACAAGUACAUUCUCAUCAAUAGUCAUACCACAUCUGUCAGUGCAGGUCCUCUGUGAUGCCAAUUGAUUCAUUUGGUCUAGUCCUCGAUGCCAGAUAUCUGCAGACCGACUUGGGCAGUAAACGAUCAUCCCUAGUAAAACCUGUCCUAUUGGGAAAAGUACAUUAAGUCUGAAAUAUAAAGUACUAUACACUAAACCUUCCCCUGAUAUGUGUCAGAACUCCAAGGCCGAUAUGCACAAACCAAACUGUUUCGCAGUCAUGAGCACAGCAUGGAUAAUCUAGGCAACUCUAGAAAAGAUUCUGUCUUCAUAACAUAUAACAUACUUUUUUAUGCUUUUUAUGAGAUAGGUGUUUUGUGUGCUUUCU